GUAAUAUAUUACUACAGAAAAAAAUAGACCAUUAACAAAUACGUCAUUAUAGGAUCAAAUUGUUAGCAAAAUCUUAGCCAGUAAAGUACAACUGUAGAAAGUCUUCAUCCUCUUUUUAAUUUUCUCUCUCUUAUCCUAUUAUGCAUGUUCCUUUAUAAAUACAACAUGACAUAACAUUGAAACAAGAAGAAAAAAUACUAGUUUUUGUAGGUGAGAUUGAAAGACCCCAAAACAUAACUUUCUUCAACUUAUCCCAUAAAACAAAACCAAAGUUAUUAAAUAAAAACUAUAUAGUAUAAUAAUACUAUAUAGUUUUCAUUAAUUCUUUGCUAAGUUGUUUUAGAAUCAUUAUCAGGGUACCCCUUUUCCCUACAAUUUGGAAUGAUCCUGGAAAAGUUUGAAGGAAGUUGUGUUGUUUUUAAUAACAGAUAACACCUGUUUAAGGCAGUACUUUCACAUAUCAACGUCGUGAUUAUAAGGAGAAAGAGCGCGAUACAUACAUACAGAUUUGUCGCCGUGAUCAGAAACAAUGGCAGGGGGUGCAUUUGUCGAUGGAGCAGCAGCCGGGCGAGCAGCUUUGUACGAGUACAAGAUCACACCGUAUUUUAUCUUUGCUUGCGUCGUAGCGGCGAGUGGUGGAUCGCUCUUUGGUUAUGAUCUUGGUGUCUCUGGAGGAGUCACUUCAAUGGACGAUUUUUUGAAAGAAUUCUUCCCAAAGGUUUACAGAAGGAAGCAUGCACACUUGCUUGAGACUGACUACUGCAAAUACGACAACCAGCUUCUGACUCUCUUCACAUCUUCCCUGUACUAUGCGGCUCUGGUGUCUACAUUCGGGGCUUCUUAUUUGACUCGAACCAAGGGAAGGAGAGCUAGUAUUCUGGUUGGCGGUGCCAGUUUCUUUAUUGGAGGUGUUAUAAAUGCUGCUGCCCAAAAUGUUGCCAUGCUAAUCAUAGGGAGAGUUUUCCUUGGUUUCGGCAUUGGAUUUGGAAACCAAGCAGUUCCUCUAUAUCUUUCUGAAAUGGCACCUGCAAAGAUCCGAGGAGCAGUUAAUCAACUAUUUCAACUAACAACAUGCUUGGGAAUUCUAGUAGCCAACUUCAUCAAUUAUGGGACUUCAAAAAUUCAUCCUCACGGAUGGAGAAUUUCUGUGGGUUUGGCCACCCUUCCAGCAACUUUAAUGUUUGUCGGGGGCCUCUUCCUUCCGGAAACCCCAAACAGUCUAGUAGAACAAGGCAGGCUAGAUGAGGGAAGAAGAGUGUUGGAAAAAGUUAGAGGUACCACAAAUGUUGAUGCCGAGUUUGCUGACCUUGUCGAUGCCAGUGACGCAGCAAGGGCUAUCAAGCAUCCUUUCAGGAACCUUCUUCAGAGGAAAAACCGCCCCCAGUUGAUUAUUGGAGCUAUAGCACUUCCGGCAUUCCAACAACUCACUGGCAUGAACUCCAUUCUCUUCUAUGCUCCAGUUUUCUUUCAGAGUUUGGGAUUCAACAAUAAUGUUUCUCUGUAUUCAUCAACGAUUACCAAUGGAGCACUAGUAAUUGCUGCAUUGAUUUCCAUGGCUUUGGUAGAUAAGUUUGGAAGAAGAGCCUUCUACAUUGAAGCUGGUGUAGAGAUGCUGAUUGAAAUGGUGACUGUUGGCAUCAUUCUUGGCCUCUACUUUGGGGAUGGGAAGACAUUACCACAUGGAAUUGGGUACUUCCUUGUUAUCUUGAUUUGCUUGUUUGUGUUGGCAUAUGGAAGGUCAUGGGGUCCAUUAGGUUGGCUAGUACCGAGUGAGCUCUUCCCGUUAGAAACAAGGUCAGCUGGUCAGAGUAUUGUUGUCUGUGUCAACAUGAUCUUCACUGCCUUGAUUGCUCAAUGUUUCCUUAUGGCUCUCUGUCACCUCAAGUUCGGAAUCUUCCUUCUGUUUGCUGGGCUGAUCUUGAUUAUGACAAGCUUCGUGUUCUUCUUCCUUCCUGAGACAAAACAGGUUCCGAUAGAGGAAGUCAUCUUCUUGUGGAGGAAUCACUGGUUCUGGAAACACUAUGUAUCAGAAGAGGAAGUGAAAGCUCAUACAGGUGGCAAAUUACACCCAUAAAUAGAGCAUAUUAUUAAGCUAAAUGUUCAUAAGUUGUGUGUGUAUUUUCCAAACCAGGAUCACAGCUAUUAUUUGAUGUCCAUGUCAUAUUCAAUAACCAAGUUGAUGCAAUUAGCAAAUAGUAUGUUUUGACAUUUACCAAA